CAACAAGCUCAGGCUAUCAUCUCUCCGUUAAUUAGGGUUUUCUUCUCUAUCUCGAUUUCAAUACCAUUGUUGAUCCGCUGAGCUAGGGUUGUUCGAUUCCGACAAUUGUGUGGCUUAGUUCUGUUAUUUUCUCUUUGAAUUGGGUUCAUCUGUUCUGUUUCUAAAGAGAACAUUGGGAAGCGAUGCCACCGAAGGUUGUAAAGAGGGGAGGCGCCGCGAGAAGGGGCGGGAGGCUUACGAGAUCGGCGAUCAAGGCUCAGAAUAUGCCGAUGGAGUCUGCCCAGGAAGAGUCUGUUAAUAUCGGUGAGCUAUCUGGCUCUGAUGCUGUGGAAGCUAAGGCUGUGACGCCGGAGGCAGAUAAAACUGUGGAGGAAGAGAAUCCAUUAGAUGGGCCGAAGCCAUCGGAUAUGAUUGAUGAUUCUGUAGCUGCAGCGAAUUCGAAUGAUGUUGUUCCGUCGAAAAAGGAGACUGAGGUAAAGGAUUCUGUGGAUGAGUACGGAAAAGAUGAAAGAUUGGAUUUAGAUGACAAUGAACCAGAGUAUGAGGCUGAAGAAUAUGGUGGGGAGGAGUUUGAAGAGAGAGAAUCGGGACAGGAGGAUCAUGAGUUGGUAAAUGAGGAGGAAGAAGAACUGCACGAGGAGAUUGAGGUCGACGACGAUGCUGGUGAGUUUGCAGACGAGAUUGGAGAUGGUCAGGAGGAGCUUGAGAGUGAGGAUGAUGAUGAGCAUGCUAAUGAAGAAGUCAAACAUGGAGACACCGUUGACUUGGAUGAAGAAGAGCAUCAUGAUCUUCUGCAUGAGAGACGUAAGCGUAAGGAGUUUGAAAUAUUUGUUGGAAAUCUGGACAAAGGUGCUACCGAGGACGACUUAAAGAAAGUGUUUGGUCACGUGGGAGAGGUGACUGAAAUUAGGAUUUUGAAGAAUCCUCAGACAAAGAAGAGCAAGGGUUCUGCUUUCUUGCGUUUUGCAACUGUAGAACAGGCAAAACGAGCUGUUAAAGAGCUUAAAAGCCCAAUGAUCAAUGGUAAAAAGUGUGGUGUAACUGCAAGCCAAGAUAAUGAUACCCUCUUCAUAGGUAACAUAUGCAAGACAUGGACCCCAGAAGUUUUGAGGGAGAAGCUGAAAUACUAUGGAGUUGAGAAUGAGGAUGAUAUAACGUUGGUAGAGGACAGCAAAAAUGUCAACAUGAAUCGAGGGUAUGCCUUUUUGGAAUUCUCAUCUCGCUCUGAUGCCAUGGAUGCUCACAAACGUCUCCUCAAGAAAGAUGUGAUGUUUGGAGUUGACAAGCCUGCAAAGGUCUCUUUUGCUGAUUCUUUCUUAGACCCGGAAGAUGAGAUAAUGGCGCAGGUUAAGACUAUCUUCAUUGAUGGUCUGUCACCUUCAUGGAAUGAAGAACGUGUCAGAGACCUUCUGAAAAGAUAUGGUAAACUUGAAAAAAUUGAGCUUGCUCGUAAUAUGCCAUCAGCAAGGAGGAAAGAUUUUGGCUUUGUUACUUUUGAUACUCAUGAAGCUGCUGUGAGCUGUGCCAAAUUCAUCAACAACUCAGACCUAGGCGAAGGGGAGGACAAGGCAAAAGUGAGGGCACGCUUAUCUAGACCACUUCAGAAAGCAGGUAAAGGCAGACAGUCCAGUCGUUCAGACCAGCGGUCUAGGCAUGGGAGUGGACGGUCUGGAAGGAGUUCAUUUGCUCGUCUUCCACCCCGAAGCCUUGCUUCCUCCCGGAGUGCUAGAGGCGUUGGAUCUCGGGCCCCAUCUUCUAGUGCAAAGAGAGCUGCUGGAUCAAGGGGAAGACGUCCACGCCCACCUCUACCUCCGCCUGCAAGGGCCAGACCCUUGCCACCACCUGCUAGGUCAUAUGAUAGAAGACCUGCAGUUCCUCUGUAUCCAAAGGCUAGCUUAAAGAGGGACUAUGGUCGGCGUGAUGAUCUUCCUCCUCCAAGAAGCAGACCAGCUGUGAGCUAUAGUUCGAGGCUUUCUCCUGAGAGGCAUCUGUCUUACAGAGAUGAUUAUGCACCUCGUGGCUCUGGUUAUUCAGAUCUUCCCAGAAGUUCUUCUCGCUCUGAAAUGAGGAGGCCAUACGUGGAUGACCCUUACAGUUCAAGAUAUGAAAGACCUCCAAGUUACAGUGAAGGAAGACCUCCAAGUUACAGUGAAGGAAGACCCCGUGCUUAUGAACCUCUUCCUGGAUCAAAGCGUCCAUAUGCUGCAUUGGAUGACAUUCCUCCUCGUUAUGCUGACGUCGAUGUUCGCCAUUCAAGAGCCCGUCUGGACUAUGAUGUUGGCCCAUCUCAGUAUGGGGAAUCUUAUGGUGACAGGAUUCCUAGAUCUAGUCUAGGAUAUGGAAGCAGCCGAAAUUCUCUGUCAAGUCAUGAGUCGCGUGGCCCAUACAGCAGUCGUCACGGAAUGGAUUAUGGAGGAGGCUCUUAUAGUGGCAGCGAUGUAGGAGGGAUGUACUCCAGUAGCUAUGGUGGUGACCUACCCAGAAGAGAUGGAGGAGGUAGCACGUAUUCUUCAAUUUACUCAAGCCGUGGCUUGAGUGGUAGUAGUUACUCUGGUGGUGGUCCAGGAUCAUACUACUGAAUGUGAAUUUCUGAUGAACGCGGCUGCUGCUAAAAAAAAGGAGGUUUGUCCAUGCGAAGUUGUGCAGAAAGAAGCUACCGGCUGCGGAAGGAAGAUUAAACCCAGCUUCGGUGAGAUUGUUGGAAUAUUAAUGUGCUUGCAUCUUCAACUGCACUUGCAUCUUUUUUUUUCCGGAUGGGAUGAUAAAGGUCGGAGUUUUAUAGAGAUGGUUCAUAGUUGCUGGACUCGUGAUGUAUCUAUCUCUUAGUUUUCAUUCCGCUCUCUUUCUCUCUCGAAUAAUGGACGGAUUUGUUGGAAGACAGAGAUUAGCUAUGUUUGUAUUAUUAUUGAUCCAUCAGUUUAUAAACCUGUCUUAAUUAUGUUCUCAGCGAAGUC